AUGUCUCCCGCUCUCACCUCGUAUCCCUCCUUCUCGUCGCAGCCCUUCCCAGCCUCCGCUGCUGGCUUUCACCAGCUGCAUCAACACCACGCCGCCCUGUCGUCCCUCAGCAAGCUUACCUUGAAUCCCAUCUCUUCGGGGUCGACGGACUGGUCCGUCACCGUGAGAGACGGCCUUCCCACCCCGCCGGCCGAUAUGAGUGGUGUGGCCUACAAUCCCCAGCUGGCUCCGUCGACAUACAGCUCCAAGCAAUAUGCCCCCGUGGCCCAGCAUCAGUAUUCGACCAAACACGCAGCAACACGGAUCCCGCUCGCCAAUACCGUGUCAAAUGCAGUUCCCAACUAUCUGCCUCCGCUGGUGAAGAAUGUACCCAUCUCGACUACCGUGUCCGAACCCAAGCACCAGAAGAGAAGCCACGAUGACUCGGCCUCUUCGUAUUUGCAGAUCCCCACGUCCAUUAACCACAGUGGCGGGAGUUUGGCUGAAUUCGCUGCCCAGAUUGCAUGCUUGUUCUGGUUCGAGAAAACCUCUAAGUUAAAGGCCAUCGAAGACCAGACCUUCCAGCGAUAUUCGCUCGUACCCGAGGCAAUUCCUACUCCUGGCUUUCAGAAAUGGGUGACGACGGUUUUGUCCACCACGCAAGUCAGCCAAAACGUCAUCUUGCUCGCUCUGCUGUUCAUCUACCGACUUAAGAAAUCCAACCCGGGAGUUCGUGGGAAGAAGGGUAGCGAGUUUCGUUUGAUGACGAUUGCGUUGAUGAUGGGGAAUAAAUUUCUGGACGAUAAUACCUACACCAACAAAACGUGGGCCGAGGUUUCGAGUAUCACGGUGCAAGAAAUUCACAUCAUGGAAGUGGAGUUUUUGAGCAAUGUUCGAUACAAUCUCUUCGUGUCCAAAGAAGAAUGGACACAGUGGCAUUCCAAGUUGGGCUGCUUCUCUGAUUUCUUCGACAAGGCCUCGCGGAUGCCGUCAGAGAAUGAAUUCGCACCCACGACGCCAGUCCUCCAAAUUUCACCGACUUUGGAGCCAUCCGGCUGGAGAAGCCUACCAGCGUCGCCACACUCUAAACUACCCUCUCCUCCUGCUUCCAACCACCUUAACCCGCCGCAGAUGUGGAAUUCAGUUACAAACACCAACUUAUACCGAUCUCAAACCCCGCCUCGACACUUGCCGAACAUUGAAUUCCCUCCAUUCCCGCGCAAAAGGAGCUGGGAGGACGACGUGGAUGAUCACCCGAUUAAGCGAAUGGCCAUACCGAACAAUUACUCGGCCUCGAUGGCUGCCGUUCCAACGCCUGCAGCAGUCUCGGUCCCAGUUUUACCGCCAGUGGUAAGCACUGCAACGAGCAUGCCAUUAUCGGUCCCUACUCUUGGUGUUCCGACCCCCCGCUUCCCUUCGUCGAAUAUGCACAACAGCGUGGUUCCGUCCUUACCACCUACUGUAUCACAACAACUUCCACUACCCAAUGUUCGUGCCAUGUCGACGGUCUUUAACCCCGCAGUGACAUGGUCUCAGCCAGGUCCAGCAACUACCACCGUUGCACCUCUCGCGCUGAACCCUAUGGCUUUGUACAACCCCUCUGUGUCACUGCCCGAUCCGAGUCGACGACAGAGCCCAUACCCUACGUCCACGUCAGCUGGCACCGUUUCUCCGUCUGUGGCUUAUCCUGUACGCACACCUCAGUCUCACCUAUCACCGUCGUUUUUCCUGGUCAACCGAAACUCUCCAUAUCGCCCAGUGAGAGCCGUCAACACGCUGCUUAUCCCUCCACCGUCUGCAUCCUUGCACCAGCCUCGCAAUGUGUCGAUGGAUCAGAUGCAUUACCAGCCUCUGGGGAAAACGGUGACGGAACGCAGAACGGGGGUGCUCCCAUAUCUUCACCACGAGGCGUGGCCCCAGGGACCCAUUUCUCAACCUAAUUUCCUUUCAAGUCAAACCUACUGA